AUUUCACUUACAAAGACAUGGAGGAGGAACUCACAUGCCCUGUCUGUCUGGAGCUGUAUGCUGAUCCGUUGAUGCUGCCAUGCACACAUAGUAUCUGUAAAGCUUGUCUACAGGAAAUCAUGACAAGCAGGAACAAAGGUGGCAAAAAAGGCUUGGAAUGUCCCACCUGCCGACAGAACCACGUUCUCACUUCAGAUGAAGUUGUGAGGUUUCCAAAAAAUCUGGCUUUAGAGAACAUUGUGUUCCGUUACCAGGAGAUUCGUAGCUACAGCCUCAGCAAAGUUGCCCAGUUUGAUGUACCAGAGUCUUCAUCCGGGUCUAGCAGUUGUGAAGCAGUAUCUCAGUUGCAUAAGAAGAAUUCUGGUAUAUCUGAGGUGUCUUUGGAAAAGUGUUUCUGUGGAAUGUGUGAAGAAACAGAACGCCAACCAGCAGAAUGGUUCUGUCAGCAGUGCCAGGUGUUUUAUUGUCAGCUGUGUUUAGGCACCUUCCAUCCGAAACGUGGAACACUCAGUCAGCACAAGAUUCAAAAAGCCACAGUUGAAGAACCAGUAGAGCACUUGUUGCACUGUCCAGACCACAGCUGUGAGGCAGCCAGCAUCUUCUGUGAUACAUGCAAGGUGGUGGCAUGUCACCUGUGUGUUUGCCAAGGUGUGGGGUCACACUGUCAUCACAUGAUCUUGGAUCUGGACACUGCCAGGAAGCAGCUGAGGGAAGCCCUGCAGGCUGCAAAGAAUCAACUAUCAACACUGAUGACCACAUUUUUUGACAAGAACAAUGCAAUAACAUCUCAGAUCCAAGAUGUGAAGGAUGUUGAAGACACUGCAAAAAACAUCAUCAUCAGUCAGUACAACUGUAUUUUAUCAGAUGUCGCUGCCACACUGAAUCUUGUGAAACAGAAAACUUUGGAAGCUGUAAGUGCUAUAGCAAGGCAGCACUCCGCACAGUUCACAUUGCAGAGCCACCAGAUCAAGAGUGUUCUCCAACAGUGUCGGGAUUUGAACUCUGCCUGUAACACCCUUCUAACAUCUGGUGAAGGAGGUGAUGUGUUCACAAAUGAAAGCCCUCAGCAUCAGCAUUUACAAGGCUUCAGUGACCUGUCAUGUACCACCGGAUCACCAAGUCUUCCCAGCCAGUGUUCAGUACAGAGUAUAUUGGAUUCAGGAAUUGCUCCUGAGACCAAGAGCUCUGAGAUUCCUAUGUUGGGGCCAGGAGCUAAGCGAAGCGACUCAGCUGCAUAUUUAGCAAAGAGCCAUUUAAAUAAACUCAGAGCUAAUAUAAUACAAAAUGAAGUGAGUCUCGCAGCACAUGAUCAAAAAGUAGUCAGCAAAAAAAUGCAAAACAUGUCAUUGUUAAAAAAUAGAUCUGCUUCGGAUACUUCAGAACACACAAGAUCAUAUUUUCUUGGUGGGAAGCUUAGUGAAAUAGACAAUGUGAUAGUUAACAUAAAAACUAGAAGGCAGGCAAGUGAAGAUAUGACGGCUGCUGUCAAGAGCCAAGUUGCAAAGUUUGAAGGUUUUAAAGAAGGAGUAAAUGAUGUAUUUAGCGAGAAAACGUUAGCCAUGAAGUUGUCGGAAGAAACACUCUUCAAAACAAAAGACGUGUCACACAGUACACACCUGAAAGCUGUCAAACGCUCAAACAGCAGUAUCAAAGUUGAGAGAGGCUCGAAUAGUCCAGUCAUGGACACAAUUGUCAGUCCAGUCAAAGAAAGCAUCAGGCUGAAGGAGCAGCUGUUGCUAAAAGCCUCGGAAGUUGGGUCACUGCUCAGACAAGUUGCUUCUCUAAUGAAAGAGCAUGAAUGUCAGGAAUCUGUAGGCAAUGAGGACACUGUGCUGUCGAUUAUGGAAGCAGACAAACACAUAUUCAGCCGUGUUUCUGAAUUUUCUAAUUCCUGUCUUGGGCUGCUGAGCAGUAUUACAGACAUGUUCCCCUCCAAUUAUCCAGUGGUUAUUCCAGUUGUCCAGUCUGGAGUCACUCCUCCAAGCCUAAGUGUCGCGGCUGUGUCCCGAAUUCCUAGUCGGACGCUGAUCUCUUGGGGGUUCAACUCAACGACUUUCACGGCCGAACCUCUUGAAGGUUGCACCCAGUGGUCGGUCAAUGUUAACAGAAACACUAACCACAUUGGUGACAUCAACACAGGCUACCUGUUUGGUCUCGGAGUUUCUACAAAGCCUUUGACUUCCAAAGAGCAGGUUGGUAUGACAGCUGAGUCACAUGGCAUUGCAUGCAUUGGUGGACAGCUUGUGGUUUGCCAGGCAAGUGCUACAACCAUUAUGAUGCCUCUACCUGAUCUGCCAAUCUGUGCAACUAUUGCCGUUGCUGUCAGCAAGUGUGGUUUGGUCAUGGCAUAUAAAGUCAUGAUCACUGGCAUAUCUAGUGUGGUUAGUGGCCGGAGAGUCAUCACCUUGGAUGAGCACAUGAGUGCCUGUCACACAGAGAACGAGAACAAACCUACUUGGAAAGUGUAUCCUGUGUUUACCGUGAGCCAGAGAAUUAAACUACAGCUGCCUACAUCAUCCAGUGUUUAG